AAUAUAACCGGAGAAAACCAAGAAAUUGGUUGAAGUAGUUGAUUUUGCAACGGGAAAGUGAUCGAUGCACCUGAAACUUCAAAAUACAUUCCUCCGAUGUAUCUAAGCCUUCUCGACUCAUGUAUUCGAUCACAGAAUCUAAUCCUAGGCCAAAUCAUUCACCAGCACCUUCUCAAACGCUCCCUCACGCUCACUUCCCCUACUGUGCUCGUCAAACUAACGCGCCUCUACGCCUCAUGCAACGAAGUGAAACUCGCACGCCACGCGUUCGACGAAAUUCCUCACCCAAGAACCAACCCUAUCCCGUGGGACGUGAUGAUCAGAUCCUACGCGUCGAACGAUCACCCGGAAAAGGCGUUGGAUUUGUUUUACGAGAUGCUGAGUUACGGCGUUAGAGCCACCAAGUAUACGUACCCUUUUGCCCUGAAGGCGUGUGCUGGUCUGCGAGCGGUUGAAGAUGGUAAGAUGAUACAUACCCAUGCGAAAGGUAGUGGCUUUAGUGCUGAUUUGUAUGUGUGUACUGCGCUGGUUGAUUUCUAUGCUAAAUGUGGGGAACUCGAUAUGGCAUUCCAGGUGUUCGACGAAAUGCGGGAGAGAGAUGUUGUUGCUUGGAACGCUAUGGUUUCUGGGUUUUCAUUACAUUGCGGGUUAGCUGAUGUCGUUUCAUUGUUUAAGGAUAUGCGUAGGAGAGAUGGGCUGAGGCCUAAUCUAUCCACCAUCGUUGGGAUGUUUCCUGCGUUAGGAAGGUCUGGUGGUGCUUUGAGGGAAGGGAAGUCAGUUCAUGCGUACUGUGUACGAAUGGGUUUUAGUGAUGAUGUUGUUUUCAAGACGGGGAUCUUGGAUGUAUAUUCGAAAAGCAAGUGCUUUGUCUAUGCGAGGAGAGUUUUUGAUUCAGGAUGUUUGAAGAAUGAGGUAACAUGGAGUGCUAUGAUUGGAGGCUACAUAGAAAAUGAGAUGAUGAUGGAAGCUGGAGGAUUGUUUCUGCAGAUGUUGGAUGAUAGAGAUGUGGGACUUGUGACGCCGGUGGCCAUUGGGCUUAUUCUGAUGGGUUGUGCGAGGUUUGGAGAUGUGAAUGGAGGGAGAUGCGUGCAUUGUUACGCGGUUAAAGCAGGGUUCAUCUCGGACCUGACCGUUGUUAACACUGUGAUUUCGUUUUACGCCAGGUAUGGAAGCUUAUGUGAUGCGUUUAGGCAGUUUAGUGAGAUUGGCUUGAAAGAUGUUGUUUCAUAUAAUUCUCUAAUCUCUGGCUGUGUGGAGAACUGUUGCGCAGAAGAGAGUUUGAGUCUGUUUCAUGAUAUGAAAUGUUCUGGAGUUCGUCCAGAUAUAACAACGUUGCUUGCUGUUUUGAGCGCUUGCUCGCACUUGGCUGCUUUGAGACACGGUUUCAGCUGUCACGGGUAUUGCGUUGUUCAUGGCUAUGCUGUUAAUACAACCAUUUGUAACGCAUUGAUGGAUAUGUACACAAAGUGCGGGAAACUUGAUGUCGCCAAGAGAGUUUUCGACACGAUGCAUAAGCGGGAUACAGUUUCGUGGAACACAAUGAUGUUUGGAUUUGGAAAUCAUGGCCUUGGCAAAGAAGCUCUUUCUCUGUUCGAUAGUAUGCAGGACACAUGUGUGAACCCAGACGAUGUGACUUUUCUUGCUCUUUUGUCUGCUUGUAGCCAUUCAGGACUUGUGGAUGAAGGGAGACAAGUGUUCAACUCUCUGACUUGCGGAGGUUUUAACGUCACCCCAAGGAUAGACCACUAUAAUUGCAUGGCUGAUCUCCUAGCUCGUGGCGGAUACUUGGAUGAAGCUUAUGAUCUUGUCAACAAGAUGCCGUUUGAGCCAGACAUUAAUGUGUUGGGUACACUUCUCUCUUCUUGUUUGACGUACAAGAAUGUGGAGCUGGGGGAUAAAGUGUCGACAAAGAUGCACAGUCUUGGAGGAACGACAGGAAGCUUUACUCUUCUAUCCAACACCUAUUCAGCUGUUGAGAGAUGGGAAGAUGCAGAGGAUAUAAGAAAGAAACAAAAGAAAACAGGGCUUCACAAGGUCCCGGGCUAUAGCUGGGUUGAUGUUUGACUGAUAGAUUGGUUUGAGUAUUAGUGGAAGUCAGGCACUGUCGCUGUUCAGCUGAAGGAGACAUUCUUUCAGGUGACAUUAAUAAAGAGAAGCUCGACAAGAUGAAGUCAUAGAGCAGGUAUCGGAUUUGCAUGUGUUUUUAGUUAACUGUAAUCAUCUCUUGCCAUGGUUCGGAGAUGAUAGUAGACAGAAUCAUACUACUAAGGAGAGGUGCAGCUGAUGCUGAUAUCACUUAAAGAUGGAAACCUCGGAUUGUAUAUGGUAGCUGCAUGUCAUGUGAUUCUAAUGGUUUUUUGGUGGGAUCCAACAACCGAAGAUCAAGUUAUUGAUUGAGCUCAUUGUAUUGGACAAACACCGACAGUUACUGUAACUCGUAUUGCUUCUCCUCCAUCCAUUCAUCUUCUUUCAGUCUCUCUAACUCAUUUUUAUUCGCUUCAUUCGUCUUCUCCGGUUUGUUCCUUUCCAAAUUCACUAAAUGAAGCAAAGCCUUACGGUGACAUAUCAAGAUAAUGGCAAGAAAUGUGGAUUGUUGUCAAAAAUUUGUAUAAUAGACUCUUCUUCGUCUGAUUUGUUUUAGAUUGCUUAAGGAUGGUUGAGCAAGGAGUGUAAGAAAAACCGGAUUUAGUAUCCGUGGGAUCUUGUGUUCUGGUCACUCUCCUUGCGAGAAGGAUCUUUACAUCAUGAAUCUAGGUGAAGCAGAGCUGUGCUAGCGACCUACAACGGUACUAGGAAGCUGCAAGCGGUUCAGGUCACAGAGGAUCACACUGUCGAUAACGAAAUCGAAGUAGCUAGGCUCUUGAGUGAACAUUUUGAUGAUCCCAAGAUCGUUAUUGUUGGAAAAAUCAAAGUAAAGCUUAAGUUACUCGUGCUCUAGGAGUUGGUUAAUUACUUGAAGAAGAAGGUAGUGUUAUCAUGGUGAUUUGAUAGUAUCAUCAUAGCUUUUGUCUCACAGUUACUUUGUUUAAUGGGAGUGCUCAGGGUUCGUAACCAUUUGAGCCCACCUUACGUUUCAGUGGAACCAUCAGUGAGUGUUCACACAAGAUAACGAAGUCAGAUCGAUUUGUUAUAGUUGCAAGCGAUGGUUAGUUCGAUUUCUGCAGCAACAAGGAAGCGAUCAAGCUCGGGGAUGGCUUCAUUUCUUCUAUCUACAAUUUUAGAUACCCUUGCAUGGUUUUGUUCGAUAACGCUGCUGCUUUUUAGUUUGUCUAAGCCCCUGAUUGUAUUUUUUUGGCCUUGGCUUAUUACCUGGUUUGAAAUAGACAUAACUGGUUCUGUUAAUUGAUUAAGUACUGCUGGGCUUAA